ACAGACGUGGCAGUGUACGGUAUUGAAGCCACAGGAGUUCCGACAGUUUGUAUGGUUGCUAUACCAUUGGAUAAGGAUAUGAAACGCGAACUACUUCCAGAAGUCCAGUCCAAAGUGCGCAUCUUUGCCAACGUUCCUCUGCGUAAACACGAUCGCCCACAGAAGGCGCUUACGAACGCACAGGUCGAAACCCUUGCUACAGCUUUGCAGAAUGCUUUGGAUGAAGCAGAGAGCAAAGCACGCAACGUCCUCCGUGCAGCCGAGCAGAAGUUACAAAAGCUGCUUGGCAAUGAAAAUUCCUCAGAUGAAGCCAUCGGCAGACAGUAUGAAGUGGUUGAAAAGGUCAACUACGAAAAGUACCUCGAGGUCGCGAUCCCAAAAAUAUUGUCGUACAUUGAAGAUUUUUCCAAGGAGGCUGCCGCCGCCAUGCCUGAUGCCGACAAGGAUCUGAAGCGCUUCUGGGACGCUCGAAAGUACGCACUGCAACUUCGCAACAAGGAAGGAGAAGAUGAACUUGCCCAUCGUGACCGCAUUAUUGCAUGGCUCAGAAGCCAGAAAGUUUUGUGCAGAGCUCCGACGAACACCAAGCGAGGUGAACCUUUUACUGGCUAUCGUGUCAACCUCCCCGAAGGAGUUGUGGCCGACGUCGCCUUGUUUCACGUUCGCGUCCCGCUGCAGACAAAUUGGCCACACGGAUUUACCCAGCCGCCGUUUAAGCUUGAUCUUCCAAAGAGGGCGUUUCCGACAAAUCUGAAUGUAUACUUUCAAAAUGUGCACAAGAUGAAGAGUUACAGCUUAUACAUUGAAUACGAGGUUGACGACAAGUCUAAUAAAGCAGAGUGCUGGGCGGUUAAUACUAUGAACAAUCUCGGAGAGAACACGUCAGCCUCGCAAUAUUGGAGAUACAUUUGUGCCUUUGAGAAAUCACUCACUCCCACUACUCUCGAUCUGACCAAGAUGUUCCCUGGCAUCGCGAAGUUCAUUGACUCUGGCAGAUUCCGAGGUCAACACAAGUCAGCAGCCCAGGCACUUUCGCAAACUAAAGCAGGCAAGGUUUUUAUCGCUGGCGGACCGGGCUCUGGAAAGUCAACAUUCGCUGCAACUGUUGUGGAGGCAAUCCUCAGUGAUGUUGUCGUCCCAGUGACUGAAGAUGCCGAAGAUGCCGAAGAUGCCGAAGAUGCCGAAGAUGCUGAAGAUGCCGAAGAUGCUGAAGAUGCUGAAGAUGCCGAAGAUGAUGAAGAUGAAGAUGCGCCUACUGAGCAGGACAAAGGCAAAGCUCCAUUGAAGCAGCUUGAUGCAGCCCCAGCGCAAAAACCCCCAUCCAUGGUGGUCUGGACAGCGCCCCAGAAUACGCAGAUCAAUGACGCUGUGGAACGUUUGAAGCUAGCGAUGCCGAAUAAGAAAAUUAUCCGAGUCCACUCAUACGCGCUCGAGCUUCGAUCAUUCAUGACGGCCAAGCCCGAGGCACCAGAGUGUAUUCCUAUUACGGAGGAGACACCCGGAGCGCACAAACGGCUGUUCAGAUUGAUCAAUUUGUCCAGAAUGAGCCAGUUUCAAGAAGGAAAUCCAGCAGCCGAUCCCCACUCAUGGUCUUCGCAACUUCGUGCCAAAGUAGAAGCCUCUCCGAAGGAAUAUCACAUCAUGAUAGAGUGCUGGAGAACUCGGCAGGAAGAUCCAACAGCGUUCCGCGUCAACAAGAAAGACUACGCGGCCGAGGCCCGGAGACUGAUGGACAAGUUUAUUGCCGACGCCGACGUCGUUGCUGGUACUCCGGUUGCUUUGAUGACCAUGUUCAACCAUAUCGAGCCAGUUACCCCGUCAUUUUUCGUCGUUGAUGAGGUUGGUCGAAUGACGGAAGCCAUGACAUUUGUAGCAACAGCUCGACAUCCUGAUACGCCGACGAUUCACAUUGGAGACACGAAGCAAUUUGGCCCUAUGGCUGUUGCAGAGCAAGAUAGGACAUACAAGGUACUCUUCAAAGAGCAGCGCAAGCAUAGCCUCCUACAGCGGGUAGAGGGAGCCGGCCUGAUUGACUUUGUGUUAUCGGCAAAU